CCAGAGACACUCUAUCUAUCCCCAACGCUAGUAUUUUAAAUUUGGAAAACAAAACGACAUAACUGUGAGAUGAGAAAAUUCCAUGGCUACUCUUCACUCUUGUUCCUUUUCUUCACUUCACAGCUUACCCUCUGUAACUGUAAAGUACUCUCGAGCUCAGCCAAGGAUUUUGCGAUUCAAUUGCCGAUCCAGUAGUGAUGAUAAGGAGGAUUAUUUGCUGGAUGCUCCUGUUUCAAUUGGGGACGGCUUUUCUUUUAGCGGAGGGAAGUAUUCAGAUGAGCCAAGUCCGGCUGAUGAAUGGUUCAACAAAGGAAAAUUUGUGAAAGCUUAUCCGGUUUCUGGGACUGGGGAGAAAGCAAAGGAUCCCAUUUUUGGACUUACAAUGGGUGGGAGUUCGCAGGCGUCAUCUGAUCUUUUCAGAUGGUUUUGUGUAGAAAGUGGAAGCUCUAACAAUUCUCCCAUUCUAUUAAUCCACGGCUUACCAUCACAGGCAUACUCUUAUCGCAAAGUUCUUCCCAUUCUUGAGAACAACUAUCAUGCUAUAGCACUUGAUUGGCUGGGAUUUGGAUUCUCAGAUAAGCCCCAACCAAAAUAUGGAUUUGACUAUACAUUGGAUGAAUAUGUGGCAUCCUUGGAAUCUGUGAUCAAUGCUCUUACUGACAAAAAGGUUACUCUUGUAGUGCAGGGGUAUUUCUCACCAAUUGCAAUCAAAUAUGCUAGCAAUCACCAGGAAAAGUUGAACGGCCUGAUACUUCUAAAUCCGCCACUUACUAUAAAUCAUGCCAAACUGCCGUCAAGCUUAUCUGUUCUGAGCAACUUCUUGUUGGGGGAAAUUUUUUGUCAGGACCCUCUUAGAGCCAGUGAUAAAACAUUGCUGAGUUGUGGUCCUUACCAAAUAAAAGAAGAUGUGGCAAUGGUUUACAGAAGACCUUAUCUCACAUCUGGUUCUGCAGGGUUUGCAUUAAAUGCGAUAAGCAAGGCAAUGAAAAAACAACUUAAGGGCUAUGUUGAGGACACAAGAGCAAUACUUAUGGACAAUAACUGGUCAGUCCAGACAACAGUCUGCUGGGGACAAAGAGACCGCUGGUUAAACUUUGAUGGUGUAGAAGAUUUCUGCAAGGAAUCAAAGCAUCGACUAGUUGAACUUCCUAUGGUAAUGACACUAUUUUGUUGCUCUUUAUCUUGGGAUAGUAUUACAAAUGCAGAGCAUUGCUUUCGUGAUGAAUAUCAUAUUCUUGAAUAUGCCUUCUGAACCCUCAGUAAAUUAAAACGGGAACUUAUGGUCAUUUGAGCACUGCUUAUCAGAAGUUGAUUCGUAUUAACAAGUUAAAUGUUCUUUAUAUCUUUCUUGUGUUUCAAUGUGUUAUUGGUUUUUAGAGAAAAGUGUAUUUAUUUUCUGAAUUAUGCAGUCAGGACAUCACGUUCAGGAGGAUAGUGGUGAAGAAUUAGGUCAACUCAUUGCUGGAAUUGUUGGAAAGAGAAGCAG